CUGCUGUACCUUCAGAGGACUACCACUGAUGAUGGUGGGGUUGCCCCAUGCCGAGAAACGUAGUGGGAGCUGGCCAAUUGUCGCACAGAAUUGAUUGCCAGCCCAACUUGCCGCAGGGAUCAUAGCCCGAACGUAACCACCCCCCUAGCCCACUCGGGCCUUUCCUUUUCCGCAAAAUCUCGACUUGGUGAUAGCUUCAGAGGAAUUUCGCUAUUCAGAAGCCGCUACCGCCAAUUCGCGAUCUUCCGACGGCAGCAUUGAGCCAGGCGUGGCUGGUUUCUGUUCCACAGUCGUCAGUCCAUACGAACCCCAAAUUGGCCAUCUUCCAAUCUAAUACUAACACCCUCAGCUCCCCGGCACAACAAACCAACCUCGAUUGCGAACACCUUCCUCCACGUCAAUCCGCCCGCCAGGGCAACACCCACCGCCAAAAUGCCACACCAAAGCAUAGCCCACAUCUGCUCACACAUGCAAAACGCCUCGCGCGCACGCCUAGCCCUAACCUCUACCCCCCACUCGAAAUUCCACCUCAACCUGCUGCUCUCCAUGCAGCGAACAGGCUUCCUCAGCUUCGUGACGCGCGGCGGCCUCCACCCGCCCGAUCCGGCCACUCUGAGCACCUACGUCCCUCCUCCGCUGACCUCGGCCAACGUCGCAAAGCAACGACUGUGGGUCGGGCUGAAGUACAGCAACAACGAGCCCGUGCUGAAGCAUAUGAAAGUCAUUUCGAAGCCGACACGGCCCGUGACGCUCAAGUUGGAGGAUUUGGAGAGGAUUGCUAGAGGGUGGGAUGCGGGUGGCAGGAUGAUGCAACGGGGACUGAAUUUGGGCGAAUGUAUGUUCGUCAGUACGCCGAAGGGGGUUAUGGAGAUUCGGGAGGCCGUGGAGAGGAAGAUGGGUGGGCUGCUGUUGUGCCGUGUUUCCCCAUGAUCGAGGCAAUGGAUGUAGGUGAUGUCGGCCAUGGACUGCAUUUUUUAUCCCUAUGGAGGAGCACAUAGGGAGAGGGAUGCUGGAACUGUACGAUACUGGAGCAGGCAGGGUCAACGCAAGCUAUCCUUGGAUCACCCCAAAGUAACUAACAUGGCAUCGAGAAGUAGGGUAUGGAAAUGUAUCAAAAAUAUACGACGACAUUGACUCUGUAUCAUACCACCACAAUGCAAAUGCAACAACUACUCUUACUCUGCGACGCCUGGGAAGCAAGUUACGAUGUUCAUGCCCGUGCGGCGGCACCAUCGAAUAGAACGGUGGCUUGAUGAAGCCAUGUUUCCUGUUCAGUCUCGCAAUGAAGUUAUUUCAUCUUCAUUCUGAAAACCCCGUUUUCAUUGCCCG